AUGGCAACCUGGGAUGACAUACUUGAGCAAAACCGAAAAUACUCGGAAACUGAACAUAAACCUCAGCCGUAUCUCUCCGAGCUUACUGGUCCGCUCCCACCGUACAUGAUAUUUUCUUGCAUCGAUCCUCGCGUCCCGGUUGAGAAAUUCCUUGGCAUCCAGACAGCGGAGGCGAUCAUCGUUCGGAACGCCGGUGGUCGAAUCAAAAAUAACAUCAAUGACCUCGUCUUUUUCGACACAUUCAGCCAAGGGCAGACGUUGAAGAAUAUUAUUAUCAUUCAUCACACCGACUGCGGCUACACGCACAACAGCGACGAAGCUAUCAAGGCAACCUUGAAAGCCUCGAAUCCACAGCAUGCGCACGAUAUCGACCGGCUUUAUUUUGGAACGUAUGGUUCUGGUGACAGGCUUGAGGAAAGUGUCCGCGAGGAUCUGAGAUUUCUGAGCGCCCAGCCUCUUAUUAGGCAAGAGCUCAUAGACAACGCGAAGGGUUACAUCUAUGACAUCAAGACGGGCAAGCUGACUCAAAUUCCUCUCGAAGGUCGCACUGCAUUGUGA